AUGGGGAGCGGGGCCAGCGCCGAGGACAAGGAGAUGGCCAAGAGGUCCAAGGAGCUGGAGAAGAAGCUCCAAGAGGACGCCGAUAAGGAGGCCAAGACGGUCAAGCUGCUUCUGCUCGGGGCUGGAGAGUCAGGCAAGAGCACCAUCGUGAAGCAGAUGAAGAUCAUCCACCAGGACGGGUACACCCCCGAGGAGUGCAUGGAGUUCAAGGCCAUCAUCUACGGCAACAUCCUGCAGUCCAUCCUGGCCAUCAUCCGAGCCAUGUCCACGCUGGGCAUCGACUACGCCGAGUCCUCCCGCGCGGACGAUGGGCGGCAGCUCUUCAACCUGGCCGACUCCAUCGAGGAGGGCACCAUGCCCCCGGAGCUGGUGGACUGCAUCCAGAAGCUGUGGAAGGAUGCAGGGGUCCAGGCUUGCUUCGACCGCGCUGCCGAGUACCAGCUCAAUGACUCAGCUGCAUACUACCUGAACCAGCUGGACAGGAUCACUGCCCCUGGGUACCUGCCCAACGAGCAGGAUGUGCUGCGCUCCCGAGUCAAGACCACAGGCAUCAUCGAGACCAAGUUCUCUGUCAAGGACCUGAACUUCAGGAUGUUCGACGUGGGCGGGCAGCGGUCGGAGCGCAAGAAGUGGAUCCACUGCUUCGAGGGCGUGACCUGCAUCAUCUUCUGCGGGGCGCUGAGCGCCUACGACAUGGUGCUGGUGGAGGACGAUGAAGUGAACCGCAUGCACGAGUCCCUGCACCUCUUCAACAGCAUAUGCAACCACAAGUUCUUCGCAGCCACCUCCAUCAUCCUCUUCCUCAACAAGAAGGACCUUUUCGAGGAGAAGAUCAAGAAGGUUCACCUCAGCAUCUGCUUCCCAGAGUACGAUGGUCCCAACACGUUCGAGGACGCAGGGAACUACAUCAAGACUCAGUUCCUGGACCUGAACAUGCGGAAGGAUGUGAAGGAGAUCUACAGCCACAUGACCUGUGCCACAGACACCCAGAACGUCAAGUUCGUCUUCGACGCCGUCACCGAUGUCAUCAUCAAGGAGAACCUGAAGGACUGUGGCCUCUUCUGAGCGCCCCCUGCCAGAAGAGGAGAGGACUUCCCUGCCCUGCAGCCGUUCUGCUGAGCAGAGCCAAGGGAGCAGCAGCAGACCCCAAGGCCCAGACCCUACUUUUUCUACGACCUGCCCGACCAAGGCCCCCCCCGAGCCCGGGGGGGCUGAUGCUGAACCUUCCUCGUCCCUUCCGUGGCCACUUCCUCUUUUCUCUCGGGUGUGUUUUAGAGCAGAGAGCUCCUGGAGCCUGGCCAAGGAGAGCUGCAGAGGGCAGGCAGCAGCAGCCCCCCCCGGGCCUGCCAGGGAGAGAGCCCCAGAAGUGCCCACACAUUGGAGCCAUCCUCCACCCACCCUGCCCCGGGUGGGCAGCACUGCGGGGCCAGGCUCUGCCCCCUGGUGCCCCCUCCCCGGCAAAGCUCAAUCCAUCAGAGCAGGAGGUUUGGAGGGGGGGGGAAGAGGCACAGAACCCUACAGGGACCUCAAAGCUCAUCCAGCUCCAGCCCCUGCCCAGGGACACCUGCACCAGCCCAGGCUGCUCAAGGCCUCAUCCAGCCUGGCCUUGGCCACCUCCAGGGAGGGGGGAGGAGGCAGCCACAGCCCCCCCCGGGCAGCCUGUGCCAGGCUCUCCCUACCCUCACUGCUCUCAGGUCAGGAGGCCCAAAGAGCUCUCAGCUCCUGCCCCACUGCUGCAGCUCCCUGGGGCAGCAGCUCCACAGACUGGGCUGGAAGGGACCUUAGAGACAAUCCAGCUCCAGCCCUGCCCUGGGCACAGCUUGCUCCGGGCACACUGCCAGGGAUGAGGCUUCCACAGCCUCCCCGGGCAGCCCUCGCCAGUGCCUCCCCUCCCUGGCGACCAACCAGGCCCU